CGUCAGGCGCUUAGUGAAGCAAGCACCCCUGCUCACAGAGGCAAACCGCGCAUUGGAUAGGGACAAGAGAUUUUUGAGCUCCGCGCAUUCAGUUCUCCAGUGGCCAAUCGUAUUGACAGUGUAGGAUAAGGAUGCCCCUUGGAGAUCGAGAGGAUGGAAAUGGAUGGAAAAAGAAGACGUCUGACAUCAAAGAAAACUACGACUUCAAAGAAGUUUUGGGAACGGGGGCAUUCUCCGAGGUGGUCCUAGCAGAGGAGAAGGGGACCCAGCGGCUAGUGGCCAUCAAGUGUAUCCCUAAGAAGGCCCUGGAAGGCAAGGAGAACAACAUCGAGAAUGAGAUUGCUGUGCUGCACAGAAUCAAGCACACCAACAUUGUUUCGCUGGAGGAUAUAUUUGAGAGCACAUCCCACCUGUACCUGGUCAUGCAGCUGGUGUCGGGAGGUGAGCUGUUUGACCGAAUUGUGGAGAAGGGUUUCUACACGGAGAGAGAUGCCAGCCAACUCAUCCACCAGAUCUUGGAUGCUGUCAAAUACCUCCACGACAUGGGCAUUGUACACAGGGACCUAAAGCCAGAGAAUUUGUUGUAUUACAGUAUGGAUGAGGACUCAAAGAUAAUGAUCAGUGACUUUGGCCUGUCUAAGAUUGAGGACACUGGCACUGUCAUGUCAACAGCCUGUGGGACCCCAGGAUAUGUUGCCCCGGAGGUUCUGGCUCAGAAACCUUACAGCAAAGCGGUGGACUGCUGGUCCAUUGGGGUCAUCUCUUAUAUCCUGUUAUGUGGAUACCCUCCGUUCUACGACGAGAAUGACGCCAAGCUGUUUGAGCAGAUACUGAAGGCAGAGUAUGAGUUUGACUCCCCUUACUGGGAUGACAUCUCGGAUUCAGCGAAAGAUUUUAUCUGUCACCUGAUGGAGAAAGACUUUGUGAAGAGAUAUACCACAGAUCAAGCACUACAACACCCCUGGAUCUGUGGAGACACAGCUCUUGACAAGAACAUCCAUGAGUCUGUCAGUGCUCAGAUCAAGAAGAACUUUGCUAAAAGUAAAUGGAAGCAAGCGUUUAAUGCCACAGCGGUGGUGAGACACAUGCGGAGGCUGCAGCUGGGUACCAGCGUGGAGGGCCCCAGCCAGAUCACACCUACCAGCCCUGGUCACACCCAUGCACUCCUUCUGCAGGAGGAGGAUGAGGAGGAGAACGACGAGGGACCGGGGUUGGAUGAGGAGGAGAGCUUGUCACACUGUGAGGACGGGCAGCGGCGCGGCAGUGCCGACCGGGACAGCCUGAGGAGUUGCGCCUACUGCUGCAGGCCGGCCAGUCGCGUCUGAGCUGUCCCAGUGCCAUGGGGAUAGAUAUGUUUCCACGGAGCCGCCCAGAGCCUGACCCGUCCGCCCAGUCUAGCCAUGAAUACAGAGGGAUGUUGUGUACUGUAAAACAGGGUGACCGUGAGCCAACCAGCAAGCAACUGCAAGCACACUCGCAAACACACACACACGCGCACGCACGCACGCGCACAUGCACACACACAUUGACAGUUCCUUUCAGAGAUAACUUAGAGUCGGUGUCUACAAACGCUGAGGUGGUUUUGCAAACUUGGCACAUAGAUUUACAUGUGAAGGCUUCAGGUCGAAACAUAAAACAUCAUCAGUACAGUGAUGGCUUCACCAAAGUUCAUACUCAAAGGUACUCUGUACCUCUACUGAUCCGUUAGUAACUUGGUGAUACAACCUUGACUUAAAUAAAAGACGUUUGUGAUUAAAUUACCACUAGGCAUGUCACAGAUAAAAUCAUGUGAUAUAGGAGAGGUUGUGUGAUAAAGGCAAGGGCAUGCUAUGUUAUUUUAACCUUAGCAUAUCCCUUUACAUACUGAGGGGAAUGUUGUUUGAGAAAGUAGCGUCACUGUCUUUCUAUUCUGUCCUAUUCGUUUUUCUGAAUUCUUUAAAAUGUUUGUAUACAUUUUUUGAAGCAUCAGCAAAGUUCAAAGGUCAAAGGUCAUUCAAGUGGACACUUAGGGCUUUAUUUUGAUAAUCCGAACACAGGGAAAAGUCGGAUCAGUUGGUAUAUAGGUUUGAGGGUGUACAGAAGUGCUAUUGCCAAUGAUUGGAUAUGACAUUGGCAGGAUAUUUUCAUUAACAUUGAAGUACUACGUGUGUCGAGGCUGGUGGGAUAGCAAUUAUAUCGAUUACAACUCUUUAGGAAGUAGGUACAGAGACAAACUUCGCUUGGCACAAUUAGCAGUUUAUUUCUUGCAAGGAGAGAAGAAUGAAAGCUUACAGAAUAAACCGUGAAACAUGUCUAACGUAACACAGGACAAUCAUCCGUACUUAACAGAAAAAGGAGUGUGGUGAGAUACUGCACAGCAGUCCGAUGUCAACAAUACAUGUUCCCUUUGUUCCAUCAAUACCUAGAUUCUACCCACAAGGGCAGGCUGUCCCCCAACCUAAUCCCAGGGAACUAAGGACACUGUCGGCAACCUAUUCAGAAGGGACACAUACAGUCUGUUCCAAGCACAGUUGGUUUAGACAGAUUGACAGAGCACCCAAUGAUCUACCAUUCAAUGAUGACCAUAAACCAAUAAACAGAGACCAGAUCCUCCUUUCCUUUUCCUGUCUAAACAUGAGAACGCAGUACUUUCCCAUUAACAAAAUACUUUAACCAGUAAUUCCUUUAUACAUUUAUAGAAUACGAACAUAAAUCAGUUCAAGAAAUUUCUAUAACACUGGCCAAUUACAACAUCCUUCAUGGUCAAAUAAUGUCAUAAUUUCAAGCUGUGUAUUUAGCACAUUUCCCGUAAUGCCUUGGAAUCAAGUCCACAUCAAAUUAUUGUUUGUUAGACUAAUACAGUAUUAAAUAUAGAUUAUGUCACUACUGCAAAUGGAAAAUAGCAUUUCUUGAGAGGAGGCUAAAGUUGUUGGCUUUUCACUGACAGUGAGAAUUUGAGGGAGACAAGUGAACGCUUACCUUGAGGUGGAGGGGAUCGGGUUAAUCACCCUGAUCCAUGUGUCAUUGAUAUAGGGUGUGUUGCCACUUCCAAAUGAAUGUCAUAACCAACAGCUUUUCAACCUAAACCAACCGUUGCUUUUGGCUGAGAUAUCCAUGUAACUAUUGCCUGAAAUUAGCACUUUCAAUCACAUUUUUGAGGACACACGUAAAAUAUUUCCACCUCUCCCGUCUGAAUAUAAACAAGCUGAUGAGUUAACAAGGUGUGUAAAUUAACAAUCCUGCUGCAGGAGUUUGAAAAUAGCAGUGUGCUGGCUUUAACAGGCGACGGGCGUUUCCCAGGCGGUGAAGUGGUCUGAACCACAAACCAGCCAUUCAUGUCACUGGAAACCUUCCACAUCGCAAAGCCAUCAAGCAAUUUAAGUAUAUGUGAAACAAACAGGAUGCCACACACCGAAAUGUUUUAUCUUUGAAAAACAAUACAUUUCAAUUAUCUUGAAUAUAUUUUCAGUCUUCCAAAAUAAAUGCUGUCUCUGUUGGACAGGGUCCCCCUCCAUGCUCUACAGACUGUGCAUAGUAGCGGUACGAGAUUGCAUGAAAAGCGUCGUAAUGGGAAACAUUUUAAUAUGAACGAGGCAAAAGGUGCUCAUCGUAGUACCAAGCUGACAAUUGGGAAGAUGCUAAUUCAUUUCCUGAUUGCAACGCAAUCUAGCAACACUGUCUGCAACACCUGCAGGUGACGUCAAGCUAACCGAUUGGGCAUGCCCUCAACCAAUGGGAUUUCAUGUUUAGAAGAGCGUUGUGGAAACAAGCAGGAGGGUUUGGCACCAAUGCUUUUUCCUGAAAUGUGUUUGGAGCUGUUGCAAUGGCAUAGGGUCAUGGGUACGUUAGCCAGCUGGGGAAGGGACUCAAAAAAGAACAUAACAAACACCCAACAUGCGUUUAAUAAUAACACCGCCACCGCUGGAAAAUGUUUCGAAAUCACUGAAACCGAAACCAGAUAAUCAUCCUCCCAACUACUACAACUUUGUUCCUUUAAUUGGGAUGUAUUAUUUGUCUAUUGUCCAGUUCGGCUCAUUCAUUCAUGUGCUACCUUUGUUUUGAAGCUAACGGAAAUACUUCAGGGUUUCCAAGUGAGUUCAAUGUCUGGGGUCUGAAUGGACUCUGUAUUCUGGCUCGGACUGGGCUCUUAAAAAGUGGUUCUGGUUUGAGGGAUCUGCAUGCAUCGGUUGAAUGAUUAAAUGUGAAAUGUAUGGAUAUAAAAGGGAGACUUUUUUAAUCUCAUGGCUGUUCUGUUACCAGAUGUUCACACUGAGAUCCCUGUGGCAACACAUAGACAGUAUUUCAUACCAGAUUCACAUACAGUAUACCCUCUCAGCCAAUGAGCAUGUCCAUAAUAGCCCCACUCACAUGACAUGAGAGUGGGGGUAACACUGCACUUUUAAAUAGUUUGCAAUUAUAUUCUACAUGACAGGUAAUCAAGUCAGUUAUACUAAGUUCAAUGCGUUCUGCUAAAGUUCCUUGUCCAUUUACAAAUUCCCUGAUACACAAUACAAUACACACUCUCCUGCCAAUCACUCAGUGUAGCUCCACCCCUGGCUCCUGGUGGGAGGGAUCUCAGUGUGGGUGGUCUGUCAGCUCUGUACCCUGCACCUUUCUGUGUCUCGUGGAAGAAGUAUCGCUCUACUGUCUGCAUGACCUGGUUAUAAUAUGUUUACAUGAAUGAUGAUCGACACAUAAAUAUGAAAAAAAAACUAUUAUUCUUGCUAUUCUGUAAUUCUGUAAUUCUAAAAAACGAUAUAAUGUGAAGUAAGAAUCAGCAGUCAGACGUUGUGUUGUUGACAACGUACGUUCUUGUAGCACGAUCUGAACUGUAACAUUACCUUAACCUCUGCAUUGGCCAUUAUGGUCAUCUGUUUACCACAGUGGCUCACUAAAGCCAUGUCCUUGGCUACCAUUUUGAUUUAGUUUGGGUUGUUUUAUACACUCUAAGAUGGAAAAAACAUAUUACAGGAGUCUGGGUUUUUUGUGUGUACACUUUAAGUUAUGUAGACUGCCAGAACCCUUAUAAAAGUCCUUAUGGCCUCCUUUGACCAGUUUCUGUGUUUUGGGAAUAUUGACACACCUGAAAUAAAGCACUGCUCUAAAUCUUUCAGAUACUUUAGGCUUUUACAUAGGAAUAGAAAUAUUAAAGCAAUUAUCCAGCCAUGAUGGCCACACAGCAUGUACCUGGGUUAAAAAUCUCAAGGGACAUUGUAACCUGCUAUGUUUACCAGUCACUAAGUAAGGCAGGUAAUGGCAGGCCUUGUGUAAUAUAAGUUUGGUUCACACUGUGCUGCAUUUUCACUGCUGUUCAGAUUGGAUACUGAACCAGAGUUAUUGUACUAGCUAAUACCCUCUAUUUGGACCACCUUAUUAAGGAUAAUGGCCCGUGUUUUGGCCUUAGGAUUGAUUAUAAUAACUAAUAAUGGUUAUAAUUGGAAAAUUAUUUGUACGUGGGGAAUGGAGAAUAUGCAAACUUGUGUGUGAAUGGCGUUGUUAUCUUCUAGGUAUAGUUGCUCUUGAUGACUUUGUUGAUAACCUGUGGUCAUUUGUUUAGUAAAUAGCUUCUUCAGUUGAAACCUUCGUUGGUUUUGUUUCCUUGGUUGUUUUUUUGUAAGAUUCGUUUGACUCAUGACAAACACAUUUACAUGUAUAAAGAAACACGUGUAUAUUAUAUAUAGAAGUAUAUAUAUAUAUAUAUAUAUAUAUAUUGUAUAUCCUUUUUUGUAAAAGCUGUUUUGAGCUACUAAUGUAUGGAUGCAAUGCAUCAUGGGUUAUUGACCGAUAUGUAAGAAAGGAGCUAAUGUUGUACCCUCUGAGAUAUAAUCACAGGAAAUUAAAUAAAACUUCCUUGUCUAUGCA